AUGUCCGACCCCGCUGCCGGAGGCGGCGGCGCGUGGGCGAACGGCGGCCCCCGCUUCGGCGACAUGGUCUGGGCCAAGGUGAAGUCCCACCCGUGGUGGCCGGGCCACAUCUACAGCGUCAGCCUCACCGACGACGAGGAGGUACACCGCGGCUACCGCGACGGGCUCGUCCUCGUCGCCUUCUUCGGCGACUCGAGCUACGGGUGGUUCGAGCCCAGCGAGCUCGUCCCCUUCGAGGACCACUUCACCGAGAAGGCGGCCCAGGGCGGCAGCUCCCGCAGCAGCUUCGCCGCCGCCGUGGCCGAGGCCGUCGACGAGGUAGCCCGCCGCAGCGCGCUGGCGCUGCUCUGCCCGUGCAACAACCCCGACGCCUUCCGCCCCCACCCCAUCGACGGCAACUUCUUCCUGGUCGAUGUCCCGGCAUUCGACACCGACGCCGACUACCACCGCGACCAGAUUCGGGCCGCGCGGCAGCGAUUCGUGCCGCGGAAGGCGCUCGACUACUUGCUGGACGCCGCCGUGACUCAGCAGGACGCGGCAGAAAAAGCCACGCGCACCGUGCCUGGGAUGGAGAUGGCCGGGCUGUUCACGGCGUACCGCCGCGCAGUGUUUUCGCCGAUAGACAACACCUACGCUCAAGCGUUCGGGGUGGAUCCCGAGCUGGCCCUUGCUGCCGAGCAGAAAGCCGCGGCAGAGCGAGCUCAACGAGCGCGGCCGCUCAAAGGGGGACUCAGGAAGACGGCGGCGGAGCAGGCCACGCCGGCGGGCGGCGGCCGCCGGAGGGGCGGCGCGGGCGGGGCCGCCGCGAGGCUCAUGGAGAAGAUCGUCCCGGGCGCGUCCGCCAUGAAGGCCAAGUCCAGCAGCAAGAAGGACCAGUACCUGCUCAAGCGCCGGGACGCGCCCGAGGCCACCUCCUCCGCCCACCACCGCCAGCCGCAGCUCCCGGACGCGCCACCGCCCGCGCCUGUGCCCGUGCCGGACGACGGGCCGCCUGGCUUCCCGGCCAGCGGCGACCCGCCCACGCCGCCGCUGCCUGGGAGCUCCAUCGCGGACGAGGACUUCAUGAUGCUGCAGAGGCGCGCCCCGCUCGUCGAGGUCCCUCCUCCCGCCGCCCACCAGGCCCAGCCGACCGAGGGGCCCACCGCAGCCGCGCCCAAGAAGGCGACCAAGCCCAAGAAGCCCCGCAAGCGCGAGCCGGAGGAAGGCGCCGAUGCCGAUGUCGAUGCCAGCCCCGAUGCAGUGGACGCCGCCGGCGAGCCCAAGAAGAGGAAGAAAAAGAAGAAGCUUUCCGACCUGGACGGCGCCGGCAAGACCGCCGCAGUGGUUCAGGACCCCAACGGGCUUGACCUGACGCAGGUACUAUCAGACAUCCGGAACCUCCCGCUGGCUCCCUUCCAUGGCGCCGACCGCCGCAUCUCUGACACCGCUCGCUCCUUCGUCCUCGCGUUCCGCUCAAAAUACUACAAGAAGAGCUACGAGAACGACCCACCGGAGGAGUCGAAGAAGAUGAGCCUGGAUAAGCCUACUGCCGCCGCGGCCGCUGACGGCCAGUCGCCCAAGAAGAAGAAGCCCGCUGCACCGAGGCCUGGCGCAGGCAAUAAUGACCCCACCAAAGCCGGCGUGAAGCGCGGGCCAUCGGACCGCCAGGGGGAGCUGGCCGUGAAGAAGAAAGCCAAGCUCGAGAAGAUCAAGACACUGUCCAGUGAGAAGAAGGCCGCCGGUCUGGAGCAGAAAAACACAGCGGCGGCGCAACAGCAGGCAGCACGGGCUGCAGGCGGCAAGGACGGCAAGGCUGAGAUGGGUGGUGGUGCGGCGGCCAAGAAGAAGGAGCCGGCGCCGGCACCCAGGGUCCGUACCCCGUCGCCGACGGCGCUGAUGAUGAAGUUCCCGCUGAAGAGCACGCUGCCGUCGGUGGCGUCGCUCAAGGCACGGUUCGCGCGGUUCGGCCCGCUGGACGUGGACGGCAUCCGCGUGUACUGGAAGUCCCACAUGUGCCGCGUCAUCUACAGGUUCAAGGCCGACGCGGAGGCCGCGCUCAGGUACGCCAAGGCCAACGCCAUGUUCGGGCAGGUGGACACGCAGUACCACCUCCGCGAGGUCGAGUCAGGGGCCGGCCGCGACCCGCCGCUGGCGGCGCCGGCGCCGGAAGCGCCGCCCCCGCAGCAGCAGCAGCGCUCCGAGCUGCGGCUCAUGGAGACGGCAUCGUUCAGGCCCGGAAGCUCCGGGAACGGCGCCCCGCUGCCCAUGUCCAGGGCCGCCGGGGCCGUGCCGGCGCGUCCGGCCGUGGGGCAGCAGCAGCAGCCCAAGUCGAUCCUGAAGAAGAGCACCGAUGAAGGAAACUCUGGGACCACAAGGGAGGUCUCCCGUGUGAAGUUCAUGCUGGACGGCGCGGACGGCGGCAAGCUCGAGCCGCCCGCGCCGCCGGCGAGCGUUGGCGGCAAUGGCGCGGACAGCGGCAUCAAGGCUGCCAAAUCCGUGGGGUUCGCUUCUUCCCAGCCUCUGCAGCCGCCCAUGCGCCCGGCGCUGCUGCAGCAGCAGCAGGCUCCACGCGCCGCCGUCACGCAGCAGCUCCCGCCCCCGCCGCCUCUGUCGCUGCAGCAACAUCUCCCGUACCACCAGCCUCGCGUCGCCGACGGGCCUCCACUGGUGUCUCCCCAAGGUCAGCUGCUGGCAUACCCGCCACCUCGCGUCCACGGCGAGGGCCCCUCCGCGCUCCCUGGGCAACCGCUGCCGUACCAGCCUCGCCCCACCGGCUUCCCUGGUGGACAGCAGCAGCAGCAGGUGGGGUACCCGCCUCGCUCCGGCGACAGCCCGCCGCUCCUCGCCGGACAGCAGCAGCAGCAGCAGUUCCCGCCUCGCCCCAGCAACGCGAACGCCGCCGAGGAGGUCCCGGCGUGGAAGAGGGGGGAGAAGGAGUUCAAGGAGGAGGUGUGGAGGCUGAUGACGGGGAUCGCCAAGAUGGUGGAGCCGCUGACCGACAAGAACGGCUUCUUCCCCUACCACCUGUUCCGAGCACAGUGA